ACAUUUUGGGAAAGCAGCGUUGUGUUCAAACUUUUAAGCGAUAGUUACAACAGAAAGCAGACGUUUUACUGAUUUUAUCUUAUCAUCUUACCGCAAGUUAGUUACAAUAUCUUACAAAGAAUAUUGUUAUUAUGAAAAAAAAGAAAUCAAUGAAGAUGUCGUCAAUGAAUAUAAUAGCGAAAUGUUUCUCUAAUACUUGAGAAAUAUAUAAUCCUGAAAAAAUCAUUGAAGAUUAUCAAAGAUGAAGAUAACUUUUAAUAUGAGAGUAUAAAAAAAUCUAAUAUGAGAGUACAGUGAUUUAUGUAACAAUCUUGUUUGAUUACUCAAGCUUGAUUAUUCAAACUUAUAAAUCAGAAGGAGAACUAUUAAAAGUUGUAUAUGGUUUCACUGAACGUCCUUGACUGAUCGAUAUUACUGUAUAUGAAGAGUUUCUCUUUGAUCACAGAAGAAAAACAAGAACUAGCUAAUUAAAAGUCAAGAUCAAUGAUGACGAACCUUGUGGCAACGGCAACAGCCGCGAUACAAACGAAUGCGAUUGCGCUCGGUAUCGGAAAAUUAAGUAUCAUACCGAUUCUAAUAUCUGCUUUAACUUACUUCAAUUAUCAUCUAAUGGAUCCCGAAAAUCAACCUCAAGUCACGAAAAAUUUAUUAAAGGAAUAUGAUUUCAUAGUGAUCGGUGGCGGUUCAGCUGGUAGCGUUGUUGUUAAUAGGCUAACAGAAAAUCCAAAAUGGAGUGUACUACUUUUAGAAGCCGGUGGUCAGGAAACCGAGAUUACGGAUGUACCGAUUUUAUCUCUCUAUUUACACAAAAGCAAAUUGGAUUGGAAGUAUAGAGCUCAACCACAAGAUAGUGCUUGCCAAGCGAUGAAUGAUCAUCGUAGUUGUUGGACUCGAGGAAAGGUAUUAGGAGGUUCAAGCGUACUUAAUACCAUGCUAUACAUUCGUGGAAAUAGGCGAGACUUCGAUCAAUGGGAAAGCUUUGGUAAUCCUGGCUGGAAAUACGAAGAUGUGCUCCCAUACUUCAAAAAGUCACAGGAUCAAAGAAAUCCAUAUUUGGCGCGAAACGUGAAAUACCAUAACACGGGUGGUUAUUUGACCGUUCAAGACUGUCCCUAUAAUACGCCUCUGGGUCCAGCUUUUCUUCAAGCUGCAGAAGAAAUGGGUUAUGAUAUCGUGGAUGUAAAUGGCGAACAACAAACGGGCUUUGCAUUUUUUCAAUAUACAAUGCGCAGAGCUACAAGAUGCAGCGCAGCCAAAGCAUUUAUACGACCCAUUCAAUUUCGAAAAAAUUUUCACUUAUCAUUAUGGAGCCAUGUUACGCGUGUUCUCAUAGAUCCAAGUACCAAAAAAGCCUACGGCGUAGAAUUCAUUAGGAAUGGUCGUGUUGAGACCGUAUUUGCGAAGAAAGAAGUUAUACUUUCGGCAGGUGCCAUAAAUACUCCUCAAUUAUUGAUGCUAUCUGGAAUCGGUGCUAGGAAUCAUCUGGAAAAUCUCGGUAUUCCAGUGAUCCAAGAUUCACCUGGUGUAGGACAGAAUCUUCAAGAUCAUAUAGCCGUUGGUGGUCUAAUCUUUCUCAUUGACCACGAGAUCAGCUUGGUGUUCACUCGGUUGAUGAACGUAAACACAGCAUUGAGAUAUGCAAUUACCGAAAAUGGUCCUCUAACUUCGAGCAUUGGUCUCGAAGUAGUAGGCUUUUUAUCCACGAAAUAUGCCAACCAAAGCGAUGAUUGGCCAGAUAUAGAAUUUAUGAUUACUUCUACCUCGAUUAAUUCCGGUGGAAAACAAGCAGUAAUCGCCCAUGGCAUAACCACCGAAUUUUACAAUGAAAUAUUUGGAGAUAUCAUUAAUCGUGAUGGUUUCAGCGUUUUACCAAUGAUGCUCAGACCUAAAUCUCGUGGUUAUGUAAAAUUAAAGUCGAAAAACCCGUUGGAUCAUCCGUUGAUGUAUCACAAUUAUUUGACGAAUCCUGAUGACGUGAGAGUAUUGCGAGAAGGAGUUAAAGCAGCAAUUGCAUUUGCUGAAACAAGUAGUUUGAAAAGAUUAGGAGCAAGAUUUCACAGUAAGCCAUUGCCAAAUUGUAAACAUCUUCCUAUGUUCACGGACGAGUAUUGGGAAUGUGUAAUUCGUCAAUAUACGAUGACGAUUUAUCACAUGAGCUGUACUGCGAAAAUGGGUCCACGAUCCGAUCCAAUGGCGGUCGUAGAUCCUUCUUUAAGAGUAUAUGGAGUAGAAGGGCUUCGAGUGAUCGAUGCAUCGAUCAUGCCAACGAUAACAAAUGGCAAUAUCAAUGCAGCUGUGGUAAUGAUAGGUGAAAAGGGUUCGGAUCUUAUAAAAAGGGAUUGGAUGUCCAGACGAAAGAGAAGUAAUGAGACUAUCUGAGUUUCUUUCAAUGAAUAUUAAACAUUUUAGAUAGUUUAUCGAAUGAAAGUAAAAUAUAUAUUUUUAUUAUUUCUUUGUGUAAAAUGAUUAGUAAAAGUAGGUAGAAAGCUUUAAAGAUUUAUGUUUCCUAUUUGUUUUUCUGUUGUAAAGAUGAUAUUCUAUACAGAUAAUAUGUGUUUAAUCAAAAAACUAGUUAUAUUAUUUAGUUAUCGUAAGCAAAUUUUCUUACUUAUAUUAUUAAUGACGAUACAUAUUUUUCUGUGAUGUGUUGAUAUUUACCAAUAUCGAAAAUAAUGAAAUGUAAGAAGCGCAAUUUGCGAUCAUUGUUACAGAUUGAUUCUUUCUUAUUUCAUCUUUAAAAACUCUACAACUGAAUUUGUUUGCGUGUUUUCCAUUUAGAAUUAACAUUCAUUACAUCUUGGGAUUUUACAACGGAAAACUGUAGUUGGUCCUCUUCUCUCUCACUUUCUCUCUC